AUGUUGGAUUUAAGAUUUGAUAUGACUCAAGACAGCCAGGACCACAGCACCAGCAGUAACCAAGAGGACUACAGCACCAGCAGUAACCAAGAGGACUACAGCACCAGCAGUAACCAAGAGGACCACAGCACCAGCAGUAACCAAGAGGACCACAGCACCAGCAGUAACCAAGAGGACCACAGCACCAGCAGUAAACAAGAGGACCACAGCACCAGCAGUAACCAAGAGAUCCACAGGUCCAGCAGUAACAAAGAGGACCACAGCACCAGCAGUAACAAAGAGGACCACAGCACCAGCAGUAACCAAGAGGACCACAGCACCAGCAGUGACCAAGAGGACCACAGCACCAGCAGUGACCAAGAGGACCACAGCACCAGCAGUGACCAAGAGGACCACAGCACCAGCAGUAACCAAGAGGACAAGAGCCGCACACACCUAAGAGAACCGAAGAGGACUCUGGCCCCAAGAUCAUCCAAAGACUGCCUAACCCACUGCACGGUUCAACUCAAAUAUAGGAUUACUGAUCUGAACCCUACAACACGUAAAGUGAAAACGUAG